AAAAACAGUGAUGGGGAAUGGUCAUUCGGGAAAAACAGUGAUGGGGGAAUGGUCAUUCGGGAAAAACAGUGAUGGGGGAAUGGUCACUCGGGAAAAACAGUGAUGGGGGAAUGGUCACUCGGGAAAAACAGUGAUGGGGGAAUGGUCACUCGGGAAAAACAGUGAUGGGGGAAUGGUCACUCGGGAAAAACAUUGAUGGGGGAAUGCUCACUCGGGAAAAACAUUGAUGGGGGAAUGCUCACUCGGGAAAAACAUUGAUGGGGGAAUGCUCACUCGGGAAAAACAUUGAUGGGGGAAUGCUCACUCGGGAAAAACAUUGAUGGGGGAAUGCUCACUCGGGAAAAACAUUGAUGGGGGAAUGGUUCCAGAAACAGUUGUGAUUGGAGAUUGGUUGAACAAUACAGCUGUGAUCGAAAAUUAGUCAUUGUCAGCACUAUGGCUGAGGGACUGAUCACUGGCACAAUUUGCAAGAAUUGGCUUUACACACUGGUUAAAUCCGACUGACUGAUUCUGCUUUAGUCAUGAAUCGGAUAAAGACGUGGACAUUUCUUUUUACUACUACUUGUGAGUUUCACGUUGGUAUUUUUUCCAGCUUUGUGAAUGUUCACCACUUACUAUUUUAAGUCUCCCGAAAGCAGCUUUAACGGUGAUCUGAACUUCCACUCAGCCUUCCACACAUGUUGACUGUUUUAGAUUACUAAACACUUCAACGAAGUGCAGUACAAUAAGACAGUACAUGUGUAACUCGUAUUUAACACGUCCCCGUUUAAACGAGCACAGAUUUCUGUUUAUAAACGGUACUGUCGAUUUAGCAGCGAAAAGGGGGUGCAGACUUUUGCACUCGUUUUGAAUGUAAACAAACGAGGUUCCCUCAAGAUAGAAACGACGGAGCGGAAAGCGACCUGAUAACUGCUGGGGGAAACCAAAUGCAUGCACUAAUGUGGAAAUCUAAGCAGUCCUCAUGCUGAUGGUUGGCAGAUGAAGAUGAUCUAAUCAACAACAUGGACAAGAAGGCAACAUGGGACAGAUUUUACACAGAAAACAGCAGAGGAGGACAAUUUAAGAAUUUUGAGUGGUUCUUUGGCUUUCAAUCAGUCCAAGAUUACAUCCUGCCUCAGCUGAAGUCCAUGUGUGCACCGUUACAUGUUUUGGAUAUUGGUUGCGGCACCUCUGCACUGGGGCCCAGUAUCUACAUACACUCCAAAAGUGCAGUAGCGGUCACGUGUGCAGAUAUCUCUCCAGUGGCGGUGCGGUUAAUGCAGGAACAUGCUAAAAGUACACCGGCGCAACCCUGCAAUCCAGCCUCCACCCUGAUCUUCAGAGAAAUGGACUGCACAGAGCUGGAAGGACACUUUGAGCCCAGGAGCCUGGCCUUGAUAGUAGAUAAAGGGACAACAGAUGCAUUGUUGAGGUCUAAGGAAGGACGAGUAAAAGCUGGUCAAAUUGUUCGCCAGUCUUUAGCUGUGCUGAGACACUCGGGGAGCCUGUUGCAGUUUUCAGAUGAAGAUCCUGAUGCCAGGCUGCUUUGGCUGGAGAAGGAGAGUCAAGGCUCAGAGGUGGCAGCUGUUGUAUCAGUACAUGAAGUCAGAGAAUUAAGAGGGGUCACAUAUUUCUGUUAUCAAAUUUCUCCUCAUGCAGCCCAGUAAUGACACCUUGUACUUUGUGUGUUAUGCGACUGAUUUUGCUUUGAGUAAUUACAUGUCUGCAUACAUUA